UGUUUGGCUUAAGUCCAGCCUCCCUGGGCAGGGCACACUGGUAUUGGUAAGUCAGGAUUGCUAAUGAGCUGAGCAGAACGCAUGAGAAAGCUUCCCUUCACACUACAUUUGUGCUGCUGGCUCUCAUUACAGCCACACAAAAGCCUCUGCUGCUUGUUUACCUCUGCCUGGGGUUAAACUACUUGUAAAUGAAACCAGUGUUCUCAUUCCAAACCAUUCACCAGACGAGAAGACAGUGAAGUCAGUGAAAGGAUACCACACUCCUGCUCUGGGUCUUGCAUUUUAAAACCGACUCCGUGUAUAUUGAAGAGAAAUAGGACAUCUGUUCCUUUCUGAGAAUAAAUCAUCAGCCAACCAAAAUAAGGGGAAAAACUUAACACUUGUGUUUGCUGGAUCCAGAAUAAACAGGAUGUAAACAUCAGAACUGAACUGGACAUUUAAAUCGAAAAAGGACUGACUACAGAAUCUUGAUAUUGGGAUGAACUGAGAAUUUUUUUCCGCAAGAAGCAUCACCUUGUCUUAUCUUAUAUCGGAUAUAAUCAGUUGUAGUCUACACAGACUUCUGUUUCGCGGGGCCCUAAACUUAGACCGGCUUGUGCUUUCCUUUGCUGAAUAUUGGCUUUUUUUUUUUCAAGUCACUUCUGAAACCACAUUUAUGCAAUGGAGUUCGCAAAUAUAACAACACCAAACUAUAAACCAGAAGCAGACCCAGAAAAUGGUGUUUAUAAAGUUUUCCGUGAUAUGGUACACUCCUAUCUUGAUAUUGUACAAAGAAAUCCCUUCCCACCAGAUUUUCUUAGGAAUCUACAAGGCAUCUCAGCUUCCAAUCCUCCAGUUAAAGAGGCCCUGAACUAUGAAAUCGGAUUCCUGGUAGCUUUGGCUUUUGGACUCCUGUUCUUUGUACUGAUGCCGUUGACAGGAUUUUGCUUUUGCUGCUGCCGAUGCUGUGGGAACUGUGGUGGGAAGAUGCAUCAGAAACAGACUAAGAAAAUGUCCUGCAAGCGCAGAUUUAUUUACUUUUUCCUACUUUGCAUAACACUCAUCAUGUUGGCUGGAAAUAUCUGCAUGUUUUACAGCAACAGUAAAGUAAGCAGUGGCGUAAAGGAUGGCAUCAGUUCAUAUAAUAAUACUAUGGAAAACUUAAAAACCUACGUCAAUUCAGUGCCAAAGGAAGUUGACUUAAUAAUUGGCCAAAGUGAUUUAGUUAUACAGAAUGCUAAUGACAGCAUUACAGCUAUUGACUCUAUACUUGGUGGGUCAAUUAAAUCUGAAAUUGAGAAGGUGGCCAAUUCAACACUUGAUUCAAUUGUGAACACCGUAAAUGCCGUGAAUGACACUGCUAAGCUCCUGGUGGCUACUAAUGAUUCAUUUAACGCCUUGCUAGCUGAACAGGAGAUCAUACGGGGAAAUCUGAGCGAUGUGCAAACUAAAAUCAACAACACCUUAAACAAAUGUGGAGCCAAAUGCAGCUCAGCUAAGAGCUCAGUGGACGGCCUAACCUUUGAUGUUAACUACAAGAUUCCAGAUUUCAGUGAUCAUUUGAAACGCUUGAAUGAUUUUUUGGGCUCUGGAAUUGACUCUACAUUACAGAAGGCCCGCAAAGCAAUAAACGACAUCCCUCAAACUGUGAAGAACGAAACUAAAGAUACAAUUCAAGGUGUACAAGAUGAACUGGGAAAGAUUAAAAGCAAAAUUAAUGACACAAAGAAUGCUAUUCCUAUUACCAGUACAGUAAAUAACAUCAAGAGUAACUUGAAUUCUCUAUCUACACAAGUUAACCAGUACAUUCCUUGGGUUGAGCAGUAUGACUACUACAGGUGGAUUGUUGGAAUCAUUCUUUGCUGUAUCAUCCUUCUUAUAAUUGUGUGCAUUUUGUUUGGACUGGCUCUUGGCCCACUUGGCCUCAAAGGAAAGGAAGACCCAACGAAGCGCAACUGUGCAUCCAACUCUGGAGGGAACUUCUUUAUGGCGAGUGUGGGAUUCAGCUUUAUUUUCUCAUGGCUUCUUAUCCUGAUAGUGGCAAUAUUGUUUCUAGCUGGUGGAAAUAGCUACACUUUAGUCUGUAAACCUUGGGCCAAUCAGCAGUUGUUCCAGUAUCUUGAUUCCCAAACGAUUCCAGAACUUAACAUCUCCAGAUAUAUUGAACGUAAUGUGAAUAUAUCUACACUUUACAGAGACUGUCAGAGGGACAAUUCUUUGUGGACCACUUUAAACUUUGAUCAAACGAUCGAUCUCAACAAAAACCUGAACAUCACCCAGUAUACAGAUGAAGUACAGAAAAAAAUUGACAACACCAACAUCACCAUAAAAAACAUUAACUUCCUAACUACUAACCAGAAGGAACAAAUAAAAAAUGUGUCCACUUCAGGAAUCAACACGCUUAACUUUACUGAUUUUAAUUCCUCGUUGGGCAGAAACAUCACCAAAAUAAACCUGUUGUCGUUUGCAAACGAGCUAGCUACGCUGGCGAAAGACAGUUCUUUAUCUUCGGAUGUAGCUACAGAACUAAAUGCAGAGGCCGCUGCGUUAGAGAAUAUUGACUCUCGUAUCAAAAGCAGCCUGAUACCUGCAACUAAAACUUUGUAUACCAAUAUCCAGAAUCUGGAAACAAAAUCUAAAAACCUGCCUGUAUCUUUGAAUAAAGUUCUUACAGAAAUUGACAAUGCACAAAAAUUUGUGGAUACACAAGCUUCUGGAGUAGUAAAGAAUGCGACCACAGCAUACGCAACCAAGUUAUUGAAUCUUUUUCAGUCAUAUGUUGACUGGGCAAAAUUUAUGUUGAGAACAAAUUUUGCUCGCUGUGGACCAGUUGCCAGAGCUGUGAAUUCUGCACAAACUAUAGCUUGUGUUUAUAUUGUGGAUUCAAUGAAUGCCUUUUGGUUCAGUAUGGGCUGGUGUACAUUAUUUCUAAUACCCAGCAUCAUCUUGUCAGUGAAGCUUGCAAAGCACUACAGGAGGAUGAAGACUUCUGAUGUUUACGAGACAACAUCUCGGCAAUUUCUCUUUCCAAGAGUCCAAGGAAAAGCCUGAAAUGUCUCUCUCAUUGCUCUCAUGUGACAGACACAUGAAUAAUGCACUUCUUCAUAAGGCUACUGGCCUCACUGUACUCAGGGACUAUUUACAUUCAUUUACACCUUA